UGUAGGUGAUCUUAAUGUGUUGCUGUCUGCAGAUGGGCGUGUGUGAGCGUCACGAAGCGCCACUAGCUUACUGGUGCCGGGACUGCCGGAAGUCGCUGUGUGCCAAGUGUUCCGUCCUGAGGGGCCACGACGUGAUCCGCACGAAGGUCCUCCUGGAGGAGAAGCGGCGGGAGAUGAGGGAGCAGGGUGUGGCAGUCCUGCAGAGCGUGGAGCAGGAGAAACAGAAGAUCCUGGUCAAGGUGAAGGAGUGUUCCCUGCAGCUGCUGCGGACUUGCGACGCCAGCGCCCUCGCUGACAGCUCCGCCCACGAUGUGAAAGAUAUGCUGACUGACACCAAGUGUACUGCCGACCUACACUUCCUGAUGGGUAGCCUCAUGCGAAUGAAGAGCAUCCUCGGCAGCCUCGGUAGAACCUCCAACGAAAGCGAAGCUGAGAACAAGACACCGAGGGUACGACGCAGGAGAGAAAGAAGAGACAGUCACAGGUCGGACACACACACUCCACCAGACACAAAACCUUCAACGCCUACCAACCACAGACGGGAGAGGAAUACAAAUGCCACCGCCACAACUAACACGAUCACAGCCUCUACCACCACCACAGCCUCUUCCACCACCACCACCAACAACAACAGGAACCAGAGAAACCACACCUCUACACAAUUCAACUUGGCUCCUCCCAUGAAGAAAAAAUCCGUCGAUCCAAGUAAAGAUGUAAAGUAUGCCCACUAUUCGCAGAUGUAUGGAACUCAUGGUAUUUCUGGUAGCUGCAAGGCUGAGGUGUCAAGUCAUGGGCCCCUGCUGGGCUUCCUGGACCCAGCCCUUUGGCCCCUCCGGUGCUGCGUCUACGAUGACGAUGGCAGGAGAGCCAAGAUGGCCUGGGAGGACGGACGUCUCCACAUGUACGCUCUCGGGGACAACAUCGACGACGCCCACUUUAUGAUCAGGCUGUCGGUGCUUCAGAGCGUCAUCCCCGAGGACACACCAGAGGUUUUCCUCGACCUGACAGCCAGAGGACGUCGUCUGGGACGUGUUUACAUUCGUUUGUGGGGUCACCUACGCCGGGCCCAGCAUUACCUGGCUCUCUGCAUGGGCACUCACGGACCCUCCUACCGCGGGGCCAAGUUCGAGGAAGUCUACUCUAGGGGGUUAAAGGGAGAAUGCCUCCACGGGGGACCCUAUUUAACCCCUAACGGGGACCUGAGCGCCCAAGGGGUGAUGGACAACUUAGAGUGGGAGGGGAAGUACAAGGGACGUCAGAGGAAGGGGCUGGUGGUAGGUGCUGGCAGUGGGAGACCAGACAGAGACUCUUGCUUCGACAUCUGCACCAUUGAGAACUGCUCCAGGGACUUCGCCUGCCCCUUCGGGGAGGUAGUGGCAGGGUGGGAGGCGGUCCUGGCUGCCGUCAAUCACAAACCAGUCAGAGAGGUCACCAUGCAAGAGGUCGGAGUCGUCGUGACUGACUCAGCACGACCCAACUAGUGACCAGUCGUUCCAGUCGUCUCUGCUAGCUACAUCACGAGUCGUUUUUGUGGUGUUUACUGCCAAUCAAAGCUUCGACCCAUCUUCUGAACUACGCUUUCUUUCUCCCUCAGCCUCUCCCUCACUCGUCACUCUCCAUCAACAAUUCACUCUCCAACCAAACCACAACCUCUAAUCAAUCCUCUCAUACUUAAUAAAUCCUUAACCAAAAAUUCCCCACCACCUCCUCCCCCUUCCCCAUUACCUCCCUCCUCCCUCUUCUCUUUUUCCCCUCCAUGACAAACCUCUCACAGAAUCUAUAAAAAAUUUGAACAAAGAUUCACAGAGAAAAACUUAACCUAGCUUCCCCAUAACCUAAUGUAACCUAACCUAGCUUCUCCAUAACAUAAUGUAACCUAACUUAGCUUUCCCUCACUUAUCUAACGUAACUUAGGGAAAAUGUUGACUCUUCCCGUGACUCCUCUGCCUUGUAACUAUUUCAACCUUGUCUGCAGUAAAUAAAUCCACACUAACUAGACAGCCAGUCCCUCUUACAUAUAAAACCUAGUUAUAACUAUGACCAUAAUUUUCGAUGGGGUGGAGAGGUAAGCCAGCGGAAGGCCUCGGUCAGAUGACCAAAGGCUCCAGCUGUGGGUCAUCAACAAAGACCAGCGUCAGGAAACACUUCUUCUGUUUCCUGACGAACCUAAUCUAACCUAACCCAAAACAACCUUACCUAACGUAAUGUAACCUAACCUAAACUAACCUAACAUAACGUAACCUUACCUAACCUAACCUAACCUUACCUUACCUAACCUAACCUUACCUAACCUAACCUAGCCUACCCUAACCUAACCUAACCUAACCUAACCUAACCUUACCUUACCUAACCUAACCUAACCUAACCUAACCUAACCUUACCUAACCUAACCUAACCUUACCUAACGUACCCGUCUUACAUAGCUCUGUCAUCCAGACAACAAGAACGCAACACUCCGGCUGUCGUAGUGAUAAACAAAGACGAUAUAUAAUUUAAACGAUAUAAAGACGAAAUAUAGUAACAGUGAACGAAGGUUUUGAUUUAUGCCACAAAUAUAAAUUGUUAAGUAGGUAUUAUAUAGACAUUUUCACCAGAUUUAUACUUGUAGAAUUAAGUCGAAUUGUCAAAAAAAUCUUAGUUUAUUUGCCUAACAAAUUUAAAAUGAUUUAAAUUUCGUUAAUUGCUUAUAGUUUAUGAUCAAAAAAUCAACUCAUUAGUUUUAUUAUAAUUAAUUCAGCUAAAAAUUUAUGAUCGUUUAUUAAAAUUAUUAAUUAUUUUUUAAAUUAUUAUUAAUUAUUAUUUUUGAUUAUUAUUAUAAUAUUAGCCUAGUCAUUCCUAAAAUUAUUUCACUAAUUUAAAUACAAAUAAUUGGCACUUGUGUAAUGAUAUUAAAUAAAUAAUAUUUAUCA